AUGAUCGGUCCCAACCUUCACUCAAAUAAUGAUAAACUGAGUGUACGGCGUGACCCCAUAAAAACGGUUGGACCACUUAAAGACGAGAGCCUUAUCUUGAGUUUGCGCGGGAUUUUUGUUGGUAACCUUGACAUCCAGGAGCUGAGACCUAAAAACUCGACUGAGUUUGAUGUAUUCCGAUCCAAUCUUCCCACGGAGUUCGCACAGAGAUCUGGAGUCCGCCGGUGCCUGCGCGAUAGGCUGGCUUAUUUUAUCUAUAAGAGGGUAGCAAUUGAAUAA